AUGGAAAUUUGGAUACCAAUAGCAAUAUUAAUCAUAUCACUAACUAGCAGUCAUGGACAAGAUAUUGACGCAAGUGGUUUAAUUGAUCAAAAACUUAAUCUUGAUCCAAAAUUACGUAAAGCUUUAUUAAAAGUUUUAUCGAAAAUCGACGAUGAAAGCAAAGAACAAAAAAUUAUACAACAGAAACAAGAAAUAACUGAUAAUGAUCAAUCAUCUGAGACAAAUCCAGACGUAAAAAAAGUAUAUGACGUUCAUUCAUUUUCCGCAGAUCAAGGAAAUAAUAAUCAAAAUGGGCCUGUCGAAGAAGAAAUUAAUUUCAUUAUCUCCAAAAAACACACCCCUGUUGAAUUGGAGCCCGAUACAAUUGUUGCAAGCAGUUCAGAUGCCGAAAGCCGAGCAUCAAAUUCGAAUUUAUUAUCGAACCGAAAUAAGAACACAAAUAACUUUGUUACCGCUAAACCUGACGAUUUAUCUACACCAGCUCCAACAGCACAAACUGAAACAGAUGAUGUAAACAGUGAAACGGGUAAAGUUGAAGAAGUGCAAUUUUUCUCUGCGCCUUUAGUAGCUGCAUUCACAGUACACCAAGACGAACUUGGUCUACCUCACAGUGUAAUUCCAUUAUACAAAGAUGAUUCAAAAUCCACUAAACAGCGUGAUAUUAAUAAAGCUACAUCGUCAAAUGUUAAUAACGUACUUCAUUCCAGUGUAAUUAUCGGCGAUGAAAAACCAAGUUUAUUUCAGCAACAGUUGUUCCAACUUUAUAAAGAACGGCAAGAACAACAAGAGUCACUUUUACAACAACGUCAAAGACAACGUGAGCAAGAAGAACAAAGGCGAUUACAAGAACAACAGCGAUUAUUACAAUUACAGUUAAAAGAACAAGAAUUGCGUCGUCAACAACAAGAAAAUCAAAGACGUCAGCAACUUUUUAGACAACAAGGCUCGUUAGUUUCGUUUCAACCAAGUAUUUCCACGCAAGCAAUUUCUCAACCCCAACCAUCAUUUUUAGUUCAGCAACAGUUACCUAAUCGUGAGGCAGUUGACUUUUUAGCAUCACUCCGACAACAAAGCCUUCAAGAUUUACCACUCCAACAAAAUCACAUUCCAUUAAAUUUCAAUCAAGCUUUACCACCUUUACAACAAAUUAAUCCACAAACACCAUCGAUAAGCAACUUUGUACUCUCUCAAAGUGAUCCUGGUUUAAAUUCCAAUCGAGUUUUUCGACAAGAACAACAAACUGGUAACUUUGGAUUAAAUCAACAACAAAAUAGUGGUAACUUUGGAUUAAAUCAACAACAAAAUGCUGGUAACUUUAGGUUAAAUCAACAACAAAAUGGUAACUUUGGAUCAAAUCAAAAUACAUUUAGACAAGAGCAGCAGGGCAGUAACUUCGGGUCAUUUAGACAACAGCCAUCAGUACAAACUUCAUUCCAAGAUUUAAGACAAUUACAGCCACCUCUACAAAAUUCAAUUCAAGAUUUCAGACGACCAAUUGAUUUUCGUCAACAACCUUCGUAUACUUUAGCUGAUAGACAAUUGAAAGAUUUGUUAUACCAGUCAGGUGUAUACCAAAUAGACAAUGGUCAGCAAGAGGAUUUAAAUAUAGUUUCUAAAGUAUUAUCGUUAAAUCAUUUUGGAGGUCAAUUUAACGGUAUAUUAAGACGAUCGGAUGAUUCACAAACGUUUUAUUUUAAGAAUUGA